AUGGAACUCUCGUUUUUUAACGUCGAUGACGGCUACCUGGAGGGGAUCUGCCGCGGUCUGCGCUCUGCCUUUCUGACGGAGGAGGACUACAAGAAACUCGCAGCCGCAGACUCGCUGGAAGACCUCCGCUCGGCGCUGGAGGAGACCGACUACGGCCCCUUCAUGCAGGAUGAGCCGCUUCCGCUUGCCGUUCCCACGCUGUCUCAAAAAUGCAGAGAAAAAAUGGCGGCGGAGUUCAGAUAUCUGCGGUCGCAGGCGUACGGCCCCCUCGGGAAGUUCCUCGACUUCAUUGCGACCGAGAAAAUGAUUGACAACGUCGUGGGCCUGAUUCAAGGCGCCAUCAACCGAAAGUCUGCGCACGAGCUCCUCGCGCGCGUCGAUCCGAUGGGCUACUUCCAGGAAAUGGCCGCGAUCGCGAACAUGGAUCUGACAACAAGCUACGAGGAGCUCUACCGCGCGCUGCUGAUUGACACGCCCGUGGGAAAGUAUUUUCAAGCCUUUCUGGCAGAGUCUGCCUCUCAAGCCGCGGCGCAUGCGGAGCAAGGCGGCCACAGUCUUUCGGAGGUCGCCAGCAUCGUCUCAGAGACCGAUAUCGAGCUCAUGCGAAACAGUCUGAAGAAAGGCUGGCUCGAGGAUUUCUACGCCUUCUCCCAGUCCCUCGGCGGCACAACCAAGGAAGUCAUGACUCACAUCCUCAAGACGGAGGCAGACUUCCGCGUGCUUCGCUUAGUCGUCAACUCGCUGUCCUCGAACCAGCAGCAGCAGAUGGAUCGCCAGGCGCUGUAUCCGUCCUUCGGCUACCUCUACCCCGAAGGCACCGACGGCCUUCGCAAGGCGUGGAACGACUCCACCGUCCGCGCUACCCUCGCGCCUUACUCUAACUACCUCAACCUGUACGAGCAGUGCAAGUCGUUCUACGUCGGCCAGGAGGGUCAGGGCAACGAGGCGGCGGCGGACCUGGCGAGUUCCAGCAAGUUCAAGUCUCUCGAAGAUCUGCUUUACAACGAAACUGCAAACAUGUGUGAGCUCGCCUUUGAGCAACAGUUCCAUUACGGCAUUUACUACGCAUGGGUGAAGCUGAAGGAGCAGGAAAUCAGAAACAUUGUCUGGAUCGCUGACAUGAUCUUGAUGAAGAGAAAGGAAUUUAUUUCCGACCAGAUCGUCCCGCUCUUCCUGCCUCGUGUGUAA